AUGGGAUCACGCCUGCCGUAUCCCAACCGCUUCUACGCGGCGGUCGGGUUCGCGGCGUCGCCGCCCGUCGGCGCGAAAGCCGUGAGCAACGACACGCGGUUGCUCCUGUACGCGCUCUAUCAGCAGGUCACCGCGGGCCCGUGCGUGGACGCGAAGCCGUGGGGAUGGAACGCGAUCGAGACCGCGAAGUGGCAGGCGUGGACGACGCUGAAGGACAUGUCCAAGCCCGACGCGAUGCGACACUACGUCCAGACCCUCGAAGAGGAGAACGCGAACUGGUUCCAGCUCGUCACCGACGGCGAAGAUCCCGCGCGCGUCGCGGAGGUGACCACCGCGGCGCAGAAGGCGGCCGAGGCGAUGAUGGACGUCACGGGGAGGUACACGAACGUGGACGCGGACGACAACGCGCGCGCGGGCGAGGAAAUCGCGUCCACGAGCGAACGAUCUCGAUUGAAUAAAGCGAUCGACGCCGACGCCGACGACUCCCCGACGACGACGUUCGCGCCGACGAAACCGAAGUCAUCGCCGGCGCCGUCGCCGUCCAAGCGCGCGAUCCCGACCGCGAACACGUCGCUGGGGCGCUUCCUCGGGAAGAUCUCCGGCGCGGUCGCGAACGGCGCGUGGAGCGUCGUGAGCGAACGCGUCUCCGGCGACGUACCGCGCGGGAGGUACGACCACGCCGCGGUCGUCGUCGGAGACGAGCUGUACGCGAUCGGCGGCACCAGCGGCGGUCGGCGCGCCGGGGACGUGCACGCGCUGCACGUCCCGACGCUGACGUGGAGGAAAGCGGCGGUUCGAGGAACCGGAACCGCCGCGGGAGAAGAUGAACCGUCACCGUCGUUCGGGAGACGGUCGGGGCACGCCGCCGUCGUCGUCGGCGCGAAAAUCGUCGUCGUCGGCGGGUUCGAGGGGAGAGAUCCGCGCGAGGCGGACGACGCGACGUGCGACGUUUGGAUCCUAGACACCGCGUCCGCGGCGCCGUGGCGGUGGCGAACGCUCGCGCUGCGCGGCGGCGACGACGCCCCGCGGGCGCGCGGCGGGCACACCGCGACGGUCGUCGCGCGGCGCGGCGCGGCGACGUCCAUCGUCGUAUUCGGCGGGGAGGAUCUCCGCGGGCGUCUGCUCGGCGACGUGCACGUGUUACGCAUCGACGACGACGUGGAGAAAGGUGGCGCGGAAAAAGGUGGUGGCGCCUUCACCGGGUCCUGGAGCACCCCCGGCGCGGUGUUCGCCCCGGCGUCGUUCACGCCGAGGAGCCACCACGUCGCCGCGUAUUUCCACGGCGAGGUGUUCGUCUUCGGUGGCGUCGCGAAAGGCGGCGCGGGGAGAGAGACGGACGCGCUCUUCGCCCUCGACGUCGACCUCAUGGCGUGGCGCGAGGUCACGCCGCGCGGGGAUCCCCCGAGCGCGCGGAUCGGCGCCGCCGCGGUCGUGACGGACGGGUGGUGGUUCAUCGCCGGCGGCGGCGGCGCCGGCGGCGCCGCCGCCGACACCGCGGCGCUGCGCGUGUCCCGAAGCGACGGCGUCUUCGAGUGGGUGCGCACGGGGAACUUGAAACCAGGGCACGCGGUCGCGAGCGAGGGGUUGACCGUGUCGAGCGCGCACGACGGCGCGGCGUUGAUCGCGUUCGGAGGGUACGACGGCGAACGGUACGGCGCCGACGUCAGCGUGUUGUGGAAGCCGACAGAGUCCGAGACGGUCGCGGCGAGAGCCGCGGAGAUUGAAGCCGCCGCCACGAAGGCAGCCGCCGCGGAAGAGGACGAAGACGAAGAGGAGGAGAGCGGCGAGCGCGCGCGGCUCUUCACGAACGACGUCGUCGCGGCGUCGUCGAACCCGAUGGGCGGGAUUUUCGAUCCGAUCGCGCUCGCGGCCGCGAGGAGUCCGCGCGCGCGGUCGCCGCGCGCGAGCGCGGGCGCCGCGGAGGCGACGUCGAAGUCUUCGCCGGCGCCAGCGACGCCGCGUUCGCCGCGGGGUGUCACCGCGCGCGGCGGCGGCGACGCGGGCGGCGGCGACGACGACGACGACGUCGCGUCCUUGCGCGCGCGCCUGGCGAUGUCCGAACGCGACGCCGCCGCCACGAAGCUCGCGUUGUCGGACGAGCAAGCGAAGACGUUGCGGCUCGAGCUCGAGGUCGCGCAGCUGAGGAAAAAGAUCGGGGAGUACGAGGAAGCGGAAGCCGCGGCGGCGACGCGGAGCGCGCGAGCGCGCGCGGCGAGGGAGGCGGAGGACGAGCUCGCGGGCGGCGGCGGCGGCGGCGGCGGAGGGAAACGGCGCGGGUUGUGGGGAUUCAUCGCCGGCGACGCGCCAGAGUACGAAGAGAACGCGUGA